GCUCAUAUUUAAGGAUCUUGCAGUGAUGUGUAACUCACCUUUACUUAGUCACUUGCUGCACAUAAUUUCCCAUCAAUGCUAAAGAUGUAUGCAGGGACAUUGCUGUGAGUUGCUAGUGCGCUGACACACACUUUAGCUGGUGAAUAACUGUCACUGAAAAACACCACCAUGGGAGCAGCUUCUUCAUCCUAUCAUCCACGAACUCUCUACCUCAGUGUAGAUGGGAAAAUGCAGAAGGUGAUUUUUAGUCAACACUGCAGCCAGUAUGACAUCAGAGAACUCCUGUGUUCUUCAUCAAACAUUCCAAGGAACACGGCUAUAUCACUAGUUGAUUCAGAAGGAGCCAUGGUUCCUAUAUACCCCGCCAUGCCUACUAACACUCCCAAUUGUUUAUAUAAAGUAGUGCCUCAGUCAGCGGGCCAAGCGGGAGACAAAGAAGAUAUGUUUCAGAAUGUUCUGACUCAGGUGGCAGAUCAGUUCAGCAGGGCCUUUAGGAUCAAUGAACUGAAAACAGAGGUCACAAACAGAAUGGCCAUGCUCGAGAAGCGAGUUGAGUUGGAGGGUCUAAAGGUGCUUGAGAUUGAGAAAUGCAAGAAUGACCUCAGGAGGCUACGAGAUGAAAUGACCUCAAGGGGAGGAGGAAGAAUGAAUUGUGCCUGUAAAUACAACUUCUCUGAUGACGGCAAAAAACUGUCUCCCAGGCGUGAUGUUCCAAGCUAUCCGAAGUACACUCUAUCCCAAGAGACAAUUGAGGCUCUGAAGAAACCCACAUUUGAUGUCUGGCAUUGGGAGCAUAAUGAGAUGCUAAGCUGCCUAGAAUACAUGUACCAUGACCUGGGACUGGUGAAGGAGUUUAGCAUCAAUCCAAUCACACUGAAAAGAUGGCUGUUGAAUAUUCAGGAGAAUUAUCGUGAAAAUCCCUUCCAUAACUUCCGCCAUUGUUUCUGUGUUAGCCAGAUAAUGUAUGGAAUGAUUAAUCUCUGUAACCUUCAGGAAAAACUCAGCAUGACAGACAUUAGCAUCCUCAUGACAGCAGCAGUCUGCCAUGACCUGGACCACCCCGGAUACAACAACACAUAUCAGAUUAAUGCACGCACUGAGCUGGCGGUGCGAUACAACGACAUCUCUCCCCUGGAGAAUCACCAUUGCGCCGUGGCCUUCCAGAUACUCUCACAGCCUGAGUGCAACAUCUUUGCCAACAUCGAGCCAGAGGUUUUCAAACAGAUUCGACAGGCUAUAAUUACACUCAUACUGGCUACUGAUAUGGCGAGGCAUGGGGAAAUACUGGAUUUGUUUAAAAACAAAGUGGAUAACUUUGAUUUCACCAAUGAGGAGCAUAUUAAAUGUCUAAAGAUGGUUUUGAUAAAGUGCUGUGACAUCUCCAAUGAAGUAAGGCCAACUGAAGUAGCCGAACCAUGGGUGGACUAUUUGCUGGAAGAAUACUUUAUGCAGAGUGACAGGGAAAAAUCUGAAGGGCUUCCCGUCGCUCCCUUCAUGGAUCGUGACAAAGUGACCAAACCCACAGCACAGAUUGGUUUCAUCAAGUUUGUGUUGAUACCCAUGUUCGAGACAGUCAUGAAGCUCUUUCCUCAGAUUGAGGAAAUGAUGGUGCAGCCUCUACGGGACUCCCGUGACCACUAUGAAGAACUGAAACAACAGAACGAUGAUGCCAUGACUGAGGCACAAGUGAAAAAGACAGACAGCAUGCCCUUGGGAGGAAAGAAGAAAUAAACCAACUUCAUUUUGCUUGUGUGGACGCUGCGCUUCGCUGAGGAUCCAGACUACAGCAGUGACUGGCCUGUCCACGUCGGCCUUGGCCACUGAGACCUCCCUUGCAAAAUGGACAAGUGUCCUAUGAAUUGUUCACACAACCCUAUUCUAUUCAGUAGUGGCCUUUCAGUUGUCUAAAGGCUCAAUUGUAGCAGUUACACCUUCAUUUAAUGUAGUAACGUCUUUCUUUGUUUUCCUCACCACCUUAAAACUUCUUUGUGCAGAAAGCAUUCAGUGGUUGUUGAGAGAGAAAUCACAUGCAUGAUUUUGAGGGAUUUUAUGGAAGUGAUAUUGUAUUUUAUUGAAUCUUGUAUAGAUGUUAGACUGUGUGACUGUGAUGUUGAUUUUGUUUAGCUGCGUUUUAAAUAUUUGUAAUUUACACAUUCAUUGGACAACAGAUGGAGUUUCAGAGGAGAUUUUACAUAAACUAUUGCUCAGUUAAACACCUACAUCAACAUACAUCUAUACAUACUCUGUAAUACCUGAUGAAAUCUUUGAGAUCCUUGUACCAUGUCAAUUUUAUAUAUAUACUUACAUAUUGUCAUAGUAUGGUGUAGAUACACGAUUGUCUUCUGCUAAAAAUCAUGGCAUUAAUGCCUGAAUGUCAAUAAAGACAUUUUAAACUCUGAA